AUGGCAACUACCGAACAAUUUUCUUUGCGUUGGAAUAACUUCCACUCCAACCUGACCUCUGGGUUCCAUGAACUCCUGGAGGCUGCUGAGAUGGUGGACGUCACUCUGGCAGUGGACGGCCACUUCUUACAGGCCCACAAAAUCGUCCUGUCUAUCUGCAGCCCCUAUUUCAAGCAAAUGUUCAAGGCAAAUCCCUGCAAACAUCCCAUUGUGAUACUGAAAGACGUGGGGCAUGAAAAUAUGAAAGAUAUUCUAGAGUUUAUGUAUAUGGGGGAAGUUAGUGUACUUCGAGACAAUUUGACACAAUUCCUGAGGACUGCUGAAUUGUUGCAAGUUAAAGGACUGACAGGAGAUGACUCAAGUGAAGAGUCCCCCUCCUCAAAAGAGAACAAAACAGAUUGUGAUAGUAUUGAUGAAAAUGAAAUGUACAAUCAAAUGAUUGAAAGUGAUGUAGAGUUACCUGUAUAUCCUCAACCAACCACACAUCCAGCACCUCUUCCAAAACGAACAAAACAUGUCAAUAAUGUUGGUACAAAUGCCAAACGUCCAAAGAAUGAAAGUCAGUCACAGCUAAUAAAACCAAUCAAACAAGAAUUUGAGCCAGUUAAAACAAAAAAUGAGGCAAUUAGCAAUAAUGGAGAAUCUGCCAACAUAGAAAAUUCCAACUCUCUGGGUUGCUUGAAACCUUCAGAAGUAGAUGACUGCAAAGAACCAAUCAACAUGAAGAUGAUGUGGGACAACAGCUUUGCGGCCGCCACAUCGGCAGAUUUGAAUUCAUCUGACCAAGAUCUGUCCUACCAAUUGGACAUCAAGGGCCACGUUUUCUGUCCGUACUGCUGCAGGAAGUUUGUCAACCGCUACAAUCUCAAGGUUCACGUGAGGGAUAAGCACGAGGCGAAUUUCACGGACCUCGACUGUCAAAUCUGCGGUAAAACUAUGCGCAACCAAAGCUGUCUGCGGGUGCACAUGUACCAUCAUCGGAAACAGAAUCUCGAUGCAGCAGUUAUCGCUACUGGUAUUGCAUGAGCUGA